AUGUGCAAGGCUGCUGUCUUGCUGUGGCCAGCACUUUUGACUCUUCUGCGCUGGACCCGAAGGAACCGAGGGAACCGAAAGAAUUGCAAUGAAGGUGAGAAAGGCAACAAAGGAAAGAACCUUUUGUCUUCUCUACUUGAUUUGCUCUAUACGGAGUUUCUCCAUUGGCUGGUGGCUCUUUAUGCUGCAAAAUGCGCGCUGGAAGCCGCCACUGAUACGAGUCUUGAGUACCAGAGCUCCGCAGUUCAGCUUCAGAUGCUGGACAACAUUUUCAGGGCCUCGGUGUCUGUCUAUCUUUACAUUUGGCGCAUGUUCACUCCUCUCAGCGUGCGUUGCUUACCUUUUCAUCCGGUGGCUUUGGGGGGAUUGACUUCCGAGCACCAGAUCUGCGGGGCCGUGGCUGCCGCGAGCAUUUUGGGCAUCAGUGGCGCCCUGGUCGUCCUUGUUUGGAGAGCUGCAAGUGGCGCAAGUGUCGCAAGUGCCGUGCUGUUCUUCUGGGUAUCUUACCUGGUACUCUUGUUGCCCUGCCUGCAACUACUGCAGCACGGAGAUCCAGUGUGGUAUGCUGAUAGAUACGCCUACGUUCCUUUGGCUCUACUCCUUCCCCCACUGGUUGCAUGGCUGCUGGCGUGCCUCAGAGGCAAGCGGCGUCUGGUGGCGGCUGCCAUGGUUCCCAUGCUCUGGCCGGUCCUGGCGCAGCAGAGCACAAGAUCUUGUGAGUGCUGGCGGAGUGGCGUCAAACUCUGGGGCACCGCGGCAGAUUUGCUUGAUUGGCCCGCCUUCCAUCACCAGCUGGGGGUCUCCCUGCUGGCGUCAACCGACCUGCCGCGAGCGCGGCAAAGCUUGCAGCGCGCCUGGGGACAACGUCAGGAUGCCUUGACGGCCAAAGCCAUGGCGCGCUUGGUGGAUGCUACAGGUGGAAGCCCCAAGAAGAGCCUACAGUGGCUCAGGAAAGCCCUUGCCUUGGCAGCGGCACCCGGCCCACCCGGCCUUUCAAUGUCGCAAGCAGCUGCCACCUAUCAUGACAUGGCUGUAUUAGAAUCGCGCCUGGAACGUCCUAAUUUGCCACGCAUUUUGGAACUCUACAAUCAGAGCUUGCAACUUGCUCCAGAUCGAUCGCUGACGCAGGAGCACUUUGGCCUGGCUCUGGCCGUGGCGGGGCGUCACGCGGAAGCCUUGGUCACGUUGCAGGCAGCGCAGCAACUGGGUCGGGACAGCGCCGAACUUCACAACGGUCUCGGUGCCAUUUGGUUUGCACAAAAGAAGUGGCGACGCGCUCAGAUGGAGUUUGAAAGAUCCUUGGAGCUACGACCCAGCUGGACGGAGGCCCAGGAGAAUCUUCUGGCCGUGCGAAAGAGACGAGAAAAACAAAGAGAGCGGAAAGGGCGGGAGCUUCAUUGA